ACACGCGGCUCUCACUCAAGAUGCUCUGAUCGUUUUGGUGCGAGCCAUCGAGAGCCUAGCCAAGGCGCGUGCAUUGGAGGCACCACCACGAUUCAACUGCCGUACAAGCUCUGCGGAAAGGAACCUGACUCAGUCAAACAUGCUUAAAGAGGCAGUGAGAAAGAUACGUUUCUCGGGCUUGAGUGGACCAUUGUGGCUGGAUUCUUCGGGCCAGCGGAGAAACGUGUCACUGUACGUGGCAAAACUCAAGCGUACGGGACUCACUUCGGUUGGAACGUGGAGUAUGUCAUCGGGGCUAAACAUUACUCGAGCAGAAAAGAUGUUUGAGGACGAAAUACUCAGCGUAUUGAAGAACAAGACUCUGAGAAUAACGACGAUAUUGAAUGCACCAUACGUCAUGCUCAAGAAAUCCGCGCACAAGCUCGAGGGAAACGACCGCUUCGAGGGUUACUGCGUGGAUUUGCUCCAUGAAAUAUCUGCAACGCUGGGCUUCCGCUACCGGCUCAAGCUCGUCAGAGAUGGCACCUACGGAACCCGUGACUCACAGGGCAGGUGGAAUGGCAUAAUGCGCGAACUUGUGGACAUGGAGGCAGACCUGGCGAUUGGUGACCUGACCAUCACCUCAGAGCGCGAGCAAUCUGUCGACUUCACUAUGCCUUUCAUGACGUUGGGGGUCAGCAUACUCUACAAGAAGACCGACCAGAAGCGUUUCCUCCUAUUCUUCCUGUCUCCGCUUUCGGGGGAUGUGUGGCUUUGUGUCGCCGGGGCGUGCGUUGCCGUGAGCGUGAUUCUGUGCUGCGUCGCUCGUGCUCAGAGUGCAGUGUAUACAAUAUAUUCUGACAGCCGGAGAAAUAGUACUCUGCCAACGGUGCAAGGUGACUUCACUCUCCCUAACAGUUUUUGGUUUAUAGUUAGCGCCAUCACGAGGCAGGAUUGUGGUAUUUUUCCUAGGGAAGCUUCAGCGCGCAUCAUCGCUGCAACUUGGUGGAUCUUCUCCUUCUUGCUGGUUUCCUCUUACACGGCUAACCUAACAGCUUCACUGACUAAAGAGAGGCUGCUGUCACCCAUCGAGAGUGCCGAAGACUUGGCGAAGCAGUCAGCCGUGCGCUACGGAUGCGUUCGCUCAGGAUCGACUCAUGCCUUGUUCAAGGAGUGGAGGCACGAGACGUACGAGAUGAUGUGGCACGCCAUGAAAGAAAACAUGGUGUCUUCCAUCGCCGAAGGCAUUGAGCGUGUGGAACGCGGUGGCUACGCCUUCCUCAUGGAGUCUACGAGCAUUGAGUACGUGGUACGAAGACGGUGCCAGCUCAAGCAUAUCGGGGGUCUUCUAGACUCCAAGGGUUACGGCAUCGCCACGCCGCAUGGUUCUCCGUACCGCAACAUCCUGUCGUCAACAUUACUAAGGCUGCAGGAGCGUGGCACUCUGCGAAAAUUCAAGGAUCGUUGGUGGAAAGUACGGGAUCCGCUCAAUGAAUGUCCUACUAAAGAGGCCGGCGAACCUAGGACUGACGCAGCUAGCGAGCUGGGCCUGCGAACAGUCGGCGGCGUGUUCGUCGUUCUCCUUGCUGGUCUUGGUCUGGCCUGCCUCAUCGCUUUCGCUGAGCUGUUCUGUAAAGCGAGAUCGUUUUCGCGUUUGAAACAUAAAU